GCAGAGACCAUGAUCGCUUUGUUCAACAAGCUGCUGGACUGGUUCAAGGCCCUGUUCUGGAAGGAGGAGAUGGAGCUCACGCUAGUUGGGCUGCAGUACUCGGGCAAGACCACCUUCGUCAACGUGAUCGUGUCAGGACAGUUUAAUGAAGACAUGAUUCCCACCGUGGGUUUCAAUAUGCGCAAAAUCACCAAAGGGAAUGUGACCAUCAAGCUCUGGGACAUUGGAGGACAGCCCCGUUCGCUACUGCGAGGAGUGAGUGCCAUUGGGUACAUGGUGGACGCCGCUGACCAGGAAAAGAUCGAGGCCUCCAAGAACGAGCUCCACAACCUACUGGACAAACCCCAGCUGCAGGGCAUCCCGGUCUUAGCCCUGGGUAACAAGCGAGACCUCCUCGGAGCAUUGGAUGAGAAGGAGUUGAUUGAGAAAAUGAAUCUGUCUGCCAUCCAGGACCGAGAGAUCUGCUGCUACUCCAUCUCUUGCAAAGAAAAGGACAACAUUGACAUCACCCUACAGUGGCUUAUUCAACACUCAAAGUCACGGAGAAGCUGA